AGCAGGUUUGCAACCCCCAAAAUGUACAUCUACCAGUGACGUCAUAAUUACUAAAACGCAACAAUAAGUGUGACGUCAUAAUUAUCACUACAACAACAAUUGGAAAGAGCGUGCAAAACACGGAGAAUGAAAACUAUGGACUACAACGAAGUUCUAGAUUUCGGGGAUGGCCCUGUCACAGACGUGGAUACAAAACUUGAGAUAUUAAAAUUCAGCUACAAUUGGGCAGACGCAGUUGAGGAGGAGGAAAGACGUAUGGAGGAAGAACAAAAGCAGCAGAAAGAAAUGAAAAAGAAGAUGGAAAAAGAAAUUUCAGGGGAAGAGAAGAAAGAUUGCAACAAGAACCACAAAAGAAUGAAUACCAUGGACUACAAUGAAAUUCUAGAUUUCGGGGAGAACCCUGUCACAGAUGUGGACACCAAACUUGAUAUAUUAAAAUUCAGCUACAACUGGUCAGACGCGGUGGAAGAGGAGGAAAGACAUAUGGAGGAGGAACAAAAGCAGCAAAAAGAAACGGAGAAAAAGCUGGAAAAGGAUAUCGCAGGGGAGGAGAAGAAAGAUUGCAACACAAAUCACAAAAGAAUAACUACCAUGGACUACGAUGAAGUUCUAGAUUUCGGGGAGAACCCUGUCACAGAUGUGGAUACAAAACUUGAGAUAUUAAAAUUCAGCUACAACUGGUCAGACGUAGUUGAAGAGGAGGAAAGACGUAUGGAGGUACAGAUAUAA